CCUGCCAUCGAGACUGCUCCGAUAUGAUCUAGAAGCACACGGUAACGAUGGAAAUAAAGAGUUUGGAAUCAUAAAAUGACACUGAGUUUGAGCCAGCUGUUUCAGCAGUCCCAGUCUUCGCAAUCACCCUCGAUUCCAAAACAAGAGGAAGUCGACUCGGAACACCGGAGCAACAACCACGGACCGCCAACCAAGCGCUUCAAGAACGAUCCAGAACAGAGCGCUGCCGACACGGAUCGAGGCGAUGGUUCGGCCAGCAACAAAGAACAACGAGAUGGGAAGACGCCAGAGGCGAAGCCCGUAAGAAUAAAAACAGAAGCACCCGGCGGCACCAAGCGCAAAAUCAAAGAGGAAACCAUCGACGAGGUAGUCAAAAACGACGCGAACGACGAUUCCGGAAACCAYCGGGAAGAGUACGARGACGAAGAGGACGGCRGCGAACGAGACGACGUUGUUGACCUGUCCGGCACCGAUGCCUUUUACGAAAAUUACCCGCAGACCGCGAGGGCGCUCUACAGAUUCCAGGACACAAMGCGGGACAAUAAAGAGUCACAACCCAGCGAUGGGCACGGUGGGGACGAGAGCCAAGCGGACGCCCUGGGAGYCAUUCAUUCUGCCCUGUUCCCAGCGAAAAGCAAGAAAGCCCUGGCCAUGGGAAACGGCCGCCGCCUGUCGGGCGCGUUCGAGGACGAAAACCACCCCAGCARGUCCCUCACGGGUCGCCUCCGGCCCCGGCAAAAGCGUGUCCGGGUCGAGGGCCCCUCGGGCAAAAAGGAGGUUUCGCUCCGGCUGGAAACCCAGGAAGAAGUGAACGAGCGUGUUCAAAAAAUGGAAAGGUGGGAGGAAAAAAUCAUGCAGCGGGUGCGAUGGAAAAGACGAUUGGUCAAUUUCCAAGCCGAGGACGAUGUGGGAAAUGCAUUUUUAGCAAGAGCGGAACAGGACCUGGGAGAGGGCCUGCGAGCAGAUCUGAAAGAGCGUCGAAGKGAAGAACAAAGGAAGAGGGAGAAGCUACGGAAAAAACGAGAGAAAGAAGAGCGCAACCGAUUGAGAGAGUUAGAACGCAAUGAUCAUUUGGAAGAAGACGACGAAKUAAAGGAACAGAGUCAACUAUUGGCUCAACUUACUCAGCAGAGCGAUCUCGUGCCGAAUGAAGACGACAAAGAAUCGGGAAAAGGGGACGGUGCCCCUUCGUCGGCGGCCUUUCUAGAAGAAUUGGAUUACUGGGAAAAAGGAUACACCUAUCCCGAAAGGUCUCUCAUCUCCUAUAAUUUACAUCGGUCGGUGAAGAAGAUGGUUCAGGGAGCACCAAAAACCUUCUCGGGGGCUCGUGGUAAAACUGCCCAACAUGAUGCCGCCGGUGAGACCGACGACAAAAAAACCUCGCUUGGCAGCCUCAUGAAUGAACAGUUUGGAGUCCAUAAAUCCUAUCGGUUCUUCUUCGAACCGAAUAAAACCUCGGUCACAACUGCCAACAAAACAGUUCGACCCGGAUUCCGGUCCGGUCACGUUCGUCACAUGGUGAGCAUGGCGGUGAGAUCGCUGUGUGGUGGCGGUGGCGGUGUUGGUGUGUCCAGGGACGACAUUGCUCUGGAGAAUCACUAUAUUCGACUCUUGUGCAUGCGAGCAUUCAACAAGGACGACGCCGAUACCGCUGUCAAUCCAACGAUCUGYGCUGARUUUCGCACGAGAGGCUACCUUGCUGCAGCAUCCUUGGAGCAAGGAAGUAAUAUGUUGCUGUACUUGCAAAACAYAUGGGACGAUCCGGCAAAAGUUGCAAGAAAAUUGGGAAUCUUGGAUUGCUACCAAGACUCACCAAUCAAAGGAAAYUUGUUGAAACACAUCCGAAAGCAUUCGAAGAACUUACGAUCGAAAAUUAAGAGGUCGCACAGAAUAAGUUCUGCCGAUUGGUGUAGCGACAACAACGACUACGAAGCCGAUCACGAUCUCGACGAAGGUUCGAGUGCGACGCCGGAAGAUAAAGUUACUCCGGAGAUAACAACCAGCGGUGGUGUUGCCGAUGCUGUGACGACAGAAACUUGUCUGACAAUUGACAAGGAAAAAGCCAUUAAUCUAUCCAAAAAUGAUCGUGAUGCACUCAUCUCUCCGAACAGCUUAUACAGCCACAUUKCCGGCACAAGUCCUCCUAUUCCGCAGCAUCCAUUGGAUCCUUCCUCUUGCUUAUUUGGACCUGUGGAUCGCCAUUCCAAGUUUCAUCACAUCGGUGUGAAAAUGGAUUCUKCUAUAUCCAAGGUCAUGUUAUCUACGUUGAUGAAGCGAGUGGGCAGGGCCAGAAUAACAAGCAACGAGCCACUUUCAAUCAAUACGCCAAAACAGAUACUGGAUCUUGUUCAAGAGUUUGCAGAUGUUAACGAGAACAAACUUUACCUACGAUACACGAAUUAUAUUCAAGAUCCUAACGACUCGGACAUACCUCUAGUCGAAUUUUAUCGUGGCCUUGCCGAAUACUGUUCUUUCAUGGCGAAYGGUUAUCUCGAAGUGAACCAUUCGAAUACGCGUCCGGCUGAAGUACAAMAGACACAUGAUGAGCGCGAAGACUUCGUCACACAAGCUUCGGGAAUGAGUCUACUUGCAGAGAAGAUUUGGGAGUUUUGCCGCCCAAAAAUUCAUCAGAAUGCCCUGAUACGAUUUCCAAAGUUAAAAAUCACAUAUGGAGUGGCUCUUGUAUGCCGCAGUCUUCCCUCUUCGGCGGCCGAAAUUUUGUCGAGACCAACCGACGAUGAUGGUUUCURUACCCCUCUGRAUCUUUUUAAACAAACYCUAGAAGAUUUGGAAACCAAGAAAUAUAUUUCGUGUACUUCUGAUCGGCAUUUUGACGACAGCGAUGCCAUUCGUGCGGUGGAAUUAGAAUUUCUCUUGCACGACGCAGCGGAACUCUUUCACGAAGCCGUAAAACUCGAUCCAAUAAAUGUUGACUACCAAAUGUGGCACAUAGGCUGUCUUGCAUCCUGCUUGCUUGUCUCGUCGGGAAACAAAAUAUCGGAUAAUGUACACAUUUAUCCGUCACAGAAAAAGGGCAGUUUCAUGAACCAAUACAUCGCCAAUCACGAAGUGCGCUGUCGUUUGAAGAAAUACCAUGAAGUCAGAAUCGAGCUAUCUAAUGCAAUCAGAGUUCUCUUCACCCUUGCUAAGUACCAAAAUAGUGCUAAAGUACACCUGGCAGUCUAUUCAUUACUGGAAUGGGGACAGGUCAUCGGUCUCUUGGUAGGAAAUGUUCUUGACCAAUUUUUGCAAGAAAUCAAUAGCUUGCACGCUUUUCAUUUUAAAGAAUGGGCUAGACGUGAUCCUGUUGCCUUUCUAAGACAGAACCAAAGCAAAGACAGAGAUUUUUCCGACGUUCCUCUCUAUGCUCAGAUUUUGGAGAGCGAUCCCGAGGAUAUUAGAAAUUGGAGAAACUUUGUCCAAUGCUUGGGUCAURUUCCCAAAACAAAGAAAGAUGACCCGGGGUGGUGGGGGGAGGACCGUAGCUGGUGGGGAGAUUCUCUUUUACAUUUAUUCACACCAGAGGCAGUUGAUCGAGCUCUGAUCAAUGGAGAUUUACAUGCGGUAGAGAUCGUGAUUACAAAACUUGAAAAUGUAGGACAUCAUCUCUCAAUUCCUCCAGAUCAUUUACCUUUGACGAAAAGUGAAUUGGAUACAGAGCAUCGGAAUGGUAUKAAUUGCGAAAGCUUCGAAUGGCUACCAACGCACGAUAGCAUCAUGGAUCAGAUCAACAAAAACGUAGAUGAUUCUAAAGUUGUGCGGUCCAAGUGCUUCGCGGGUUCCCUCCCAAGGAAGAAUGGAAACUUUUCUGAAACCRAACKGGUUGGAUCCGAUAGAGGCUCRCCAGUCUCAAUCCAUUCAUGUGAAAGUUCAGUGCCUCUUCCAGAAUUMGUUUCACUCUCUGAAGAAGCCCAGGCGUACAAAAUCUUCAUUGCAUGUCAUUUGUUUGGACUUGAUCAUCCGCCGAUUCGUCAAUGCAUGUACCACAAUUUAUUUCGCAAGUGUUAUAAAUUCGAAAAUCCGGAAGCAGUCAACGAGAACUGUGAUGAGUUUCGAACUUUAGCCUGGUUCCUCUCUUUGGGAAUGAAUUUAUCAGAAAUUAUGCGAAGCAGGUUUUAAAAWCUGUUUCGACACCAAGGAACGGUGGUURGCUGGUUGCCCUGAUUCCUUCAAACACUCAAAAGAUUGUUUCGUCUGAUUAAAUUUGAUUGAACUAUGCAAAUAACAAAUAAUACAACUUYAURUUU